AAUCCCAUUUUAUGAAGAGAAAUGGGCGGGGUUUGAGACUUUGGUAACUCUAGUGACGAUUGGCGGACCAUUGAAAUAACAAAAUGGAGGAAUACGCACGGGAGCCGUGUCCGUGGAGAAUUGUGGAUGACUGUGGAGGUGCUUUCACCAUGGGGGCCAUUGGAGGAGGGAUCUUCCAGGCAGUCAAGGGCUUCAGAAAUUCACCUUCAGGGAUGAGCCACCGAUUGAAAGGUAGCAUGACUGCCAUCAAAACCAGAGCCCCACAGUUGGGGGGUAGCUUUGCAGUAUGGGGAGGACUCUUCUCCAUGAUCGACUGUGGGUUGGUAAAGGUAAGGGAGAAAGAGGACCCCUGGAACUCCAUCACAAGCGGGGCCAUGACUGGAGCUAUCCUCGCAGCAAGAAAUGGACCUGUGGCCAUGGUGGGCUCUGCAGCAAUGGGAGGUAUACUGUUGGCGUUGAUAGAGGGUGCUGGGAUCCUGCUUACUAGAUUUGCUUCAUCACAGUUCCCAACUGGUCCCCAGUUUGCUGAGGAGCCAGCCCCCAUGCCUGCCCCUUCCUUUGGAGGAGACUACAGACAGUACCAGUGAGAGGUCUCAGUCUCUAGGCCUUUUUGAAUUCCUUGCUGAAGUUACACUGGGGAAAUGGAGGACAAAUACUACACAAUAGGCAAUUGCACCUAACAUUAUGAACUGGGUCAGAACUAAAGGGCAAAUUCACACUUUCUUCCCCGGAGCCAUGAACAGAUUUGCCUUUCACCAUCCUCCGUCUUGAAAGUUGUGCGUUGUUCACCCUACAUAAUAUAUAUUAAAAUAUCUGAACUGGAGACGAGGGAAAAGUUUGGUUUGUACAAUCUUACAUGCAUGUAAUACCCUACCCUGCAAGUGUGCCAGACACUGGAGCUGAUGUUGAGCCAAGGGCACUGCCAUGGCUAUGUCAAUAUCAACUCAAAGAUGGACCCUUCCAAACUUGUAUAAUGUUUUUCGUAUGUGUGUAUAUAUAGGCUUUCCUGCAUGCAUUUGAUAUGUUUUGCUUAUUUGCCUUGUUGUUCAUCAUAUCCUGUGCUUGUGCUCGCCAUUUUGUAAAUUUAAAAUGUAAGUGGGCAUUUAUGAAUUGCUUUUAUUGAAUGGUAUAAAAGGCAAUCUAUUCAUUAUGCUGUCCCUGAAAUCUUAGGUUUUAUAGUGACUUUUUUGUUGUUGUAGUUAUAAAUUUACACCAAGAGGCACAAAUUACUGCUGGCAAAUGAUGUUUGAGACAGAAGGAUGAUGAACAGGACAAACCUCACUAGUUACUCAAUGCAAGGGGUUGAUACAACGUAUCUGUAUGACAGAUUGAAUUACACAAGAAUAAAAUUGGUAAAAUACAA